ACGCGAGCAUAAGCGUGUGACAUUGGAGCGGUUAUCUGCCGACUUCCCUUCUCCUGUGCCGGAGGGGGCCAGAUAGGGCCACGACGGGAUUUAGUCUGCAGCAGCGGUUCCGGUACGCCCACGCGCUGGCGAGUGCAGGGUCCGGGCGUGUGCGAGGUGCUGCGGGUGGGACGAUGGCGCCGAAACGUCGGGCCGUAGCAUUGCUGCACGUGGCGUGCCUGCUGGCGGCGGCGCGGCUUGCGAUAGGGUCAGACACGGUGCUCCUGCGACCGCGCGGAUGGCCGCAGGUCGAGUGCGAGCUGUCCUCGCUGCACGCCGCGCACGGCGACGACAGCCGCGCCGACUUCUGGAUGCGCGGCUGGCUGUCCCGCCAGUUCUACCGCUGCCGCCUGGACGCCACCGACGACGUCCGCGACAGGCUGUUCGCGGCCAGCCAAGGAGGCCUCCUGCCGCUCACCGCCAGGUGGACCAUCAACCUCAACAAGGGAGGUGGAAGGCAGUACCCGGAGCUGACGACCUCUCCGACGCCGUCGUUCGCCUGCGCCACCGACGGAGUGGGAGCCCCCAGCACGCUGCCGGCCGCUCUGUUCCCUCUCCGGGCCCGCCGGCGGACGGUGGGAAGGGUCGGCCAGUGGCACAAGUGCGUCCGCGUGUCCGCAGGCUACCACCCCAGCCCCUUCACCGCCGGCGCCCCUCUGGUCAGGGUCGCUUUCCGGGGAGGCGCGCCCACCGUCGUCUGCGGGAUGGGCGACGCUAGCCGGAGCGCCGUGCCCGCCGUGCAGAUGCGAGGUCUCCUGGGCGCGCCGUACUCCUGCUUCUUCGCCUCCUACCUGGACUUCCCGGCGCUCAAGGGUCCCCCAGUCGGCCUAGUCUUCCAGAGGCAGAUCCUCAACAAGUGGACGACCAAAGAGUCCGACACAGAUGCUGCCGCGUUCCUCCCUUCCCAGUGCUGGCCGGCCGAAGACAGCACCGACGAGUCUUUCGACUUCGACGUGGACUUCGACGGUAAACACGCCCAACGGUGCCGUUUUCAAGGAGACUGUCCGCUGUGCGGUCAAGAUGUGUCACCGACGCAGCCCUCUACAGUUUCCUUUACCACUGCAGAAGAGUCAGCCAGUCCUGACGAGACAACUGUCACAGUAGCCGCGGUCGCCAGAAGAGCACAUUCCCGUCCAAAAAAAGUAAAGGCGCCAGGUUCCAAGCCACUUCUGUUUGAACGCCGUCUCUGCACUUACCACUCCCUUGACGAAAACAAUAGCACUGUUGUGCACCAGAUAUCAUGUUUUGGAUAGCUAUUCUACAAGCAAACUGUGAUAUGUAAGUCUCCCCCCCUCCCCCCUUCCACUCCCUACCCAGCCUCACACCAAAUUUGACGUUUCUUUUACCAUUCAUAACAGUGGCGAGCUAGUAACAGGGCGUGUGCUCGAUGCUUUCAGCGCAGACAGAGUCGAGAAUUCCCUUGCACCGUCGCCAACAUACUCCGUCAUUGCUUCACGCCACACGCUCCAAGCGUUGCCUGUCAUGGUAACUGUCAACCCUGGGGUAAACGCUACAUUGAGCCAGCGUUUCUGCUAUUGACUCUACUUAAGAACAUUUAUAUGCUCCGAAAAUUAGCUCUGUUGUUUGUUCACGUUGAAACGUCCCCUUACAAAAAUUAUAAAUGACUGUGCUUAAACUGACACACAAUAUUUUUAGCGCAACGCAAUCUGACUUUCAUAAAUCCCUACAAAAGAAUGGCCCUGACUAACAAUAACCUAUGCCUUUCAUGAAUCACUUACCUCACAAAAAUCUUCGUUACUCAAACUACUGCAAUAUAGCGAGCGUCAAUACUGCCAGCUAAAUAAAAGAUUGUAACUACUCAAGGCACUAACUACUGAUGGGCAUAGUUAGCAAAUGAAAGAUUUUGAUAGAGAACAAACAAUGUAAUUAACUUAAUAGUGUUCAAAAGUCAUCAUAUAUAUAUAUAU